AAAUUUGAUUGAUUUGUGAUUCGGUCUCGGUUUGGCUUGAUCGAUAAUCGAUUCGGUGUUGCUGUGAUGGAUCAAACUGAGAAACAGUUGGACAAAAAGGAGAGAGCCAAGGAGCGUAGGGAGAAACGUCGUCAAGAGAUCUCGCUCCUCCGUAGCAUUCCUUAUUCCGGCAACCAAAAAUGGUGGUCUGCAGAAACUGUAGCUGUGGUGACCGGUGCAAAUCGAGGAAUCGGAUUUCAGAUCACACACCAGCUCGCCUCACAAGGGAUUACUGUCAUUCUAACUUCAAGAGAAGUUGCUGUGGGUGAAGAGUCAGCUAAAGUUCUACAAGAAGGAGGCUUGGAUGUUGCCUUUCACCAGCUCGAUAUCGUAGACGAUGAAUCUAUCAAUUUGUUCUGCGCUUGGGUGAAAGAAAAAUAUGGCGGUAUUGACAUUCUGAUUAAUAAUGCAGGAUAUAGUCUCAAUAUAGGGUCGGAGAAUUCGGUUGAAGCUGCUGAAAAAGUCAUAAAUACCAACUAUUAUGGAACUAAAAAGAUGAUCAAAGCCGCGAUCCCACUAAUGAGGCCAUCUGCUCAAGGUGCGCGGAUAGUUACAGUGAGUUCACGGUUGGGAAGACUUAAUGGCAAGCGAAAUAGGAUUUACGACGACGAUUUAAGGAAACAACUAGAAGACGUAGACAAUCUCUCAGAAGAACUAAUCGACGCGACAAUGACAAAAUUCUUAGAACAAGUCAAAGACGGGACUUGGACAUCUGGAGGAUGGCCUCAAUCAAAUACAGAUUAUUCCUUAUCAAAACUCGCGAUUAAUGCUUUCACUCGUGUCUUGGCAAAGGAAUUCUCCAGCCGACCCGAAGGUGAAAAGAUAUUUAUCAACUGUUACUGCCCGGGUAUGGUGAAAACUGCCAUGACGGGUUGGGCAGGCCAGGUUACACCCGAGGAAGGAGCUGAUACAGCAAUCUGGCUCUCCUUGCUCCCAGACCAAGCUAUCAGUGGCAAAUUCUUUGCCGAAAGGCGCGAGAUACAUUUUUGAAUAAGAGUAUGCGCUGGUGUUACCAAAACAUAAUACACAUAUGCAUUUUUUAUUUUGAUUGUUGUUUAAAUUUAACUGUCUGUCAUAGAAGAGUAUUCACUUUCUUACACAUUUAGAUAUCUGUUUGUAGAUAUG